AUGGAUCUUCUACACAGCUGGGGCGUUGAGCUGGCUGUCUAUCUGCAGACCAGAUAUGGCAAAUAUGAAGGUUUGUUCGACCUGGCAUCCACAGUGGCCGAUCUGCACACCACGUUCUUCUGGUUGUUCCCGAUCUGGUUCCACCUGCGGAGGGACACGGCACUCAGGCUCAUCUGGGUGGCUGUCAUCGGAGACUGGCUCAACUUGGUCCUAAAAUGGGUUCUAUUUGGGGAAAGACCUUAUUGGUGGGUUCACGAGACCAAGUUUUAUGGAGCAGGACCGGCCCCUUCACUCCAGCAGUUCCCCAUCACAUGUGAAACUGGACCAGGAAGUCCUUCAGGUCAUGCCAUGGGCGCAGCUGGUGUCUGGUAUGUCAUGGUAACAGCACUGCUCUCUAUUGCAAGAGAAAAACAGUGCCCCCCAUUGCUAUACAGAUUUUUGUAUAUAGGCCUGUGGAUGCUAAUGGGCCUGGUCGAGCUGGUGGUAUGCAUUUCCAGGGUCUACAUGGCUGCUCACUUCCCACACCAGGUUAUUGCAGGAAUCAUUACAGGCACACUGGUAGCUGAAGUUGUUUCCAAGGAGAAAUGGAUCUACAGCGCAAGCCUGAAGAAGUACUUCUUAAUUACCCUCUUCCUCACCUCCUUUGCUGUUGGCUUUUAUGUGCUCCUUAAAGCUCUGGAUGUGGACCUGCUGUGGACCAUGGAGAAAGCCCAGAAGUGGUGCAUCAGGCCAGAGUGGGUUCACCUAGACUCUGCCCCCUUUGCUAGCCUCCUGCGGAACAUGGGCAGCCUGUUUGGUCUGGGCCUCGGUCUGCACUCACCGUUCUACAAGACAACCAAGAUGAGGAUUAUGAGCGCCCCUUUGAGGAUUGGAUGUAUUGUCAUCUCUGUAUCCCUGCUUCACCUGUUAGAUGGAUGGACAUUUUCCCCUGAAAACCAUAUGACUUUCUAUGCCCUUUCCUUUGGUAAAAGUGCCGUUGCACUUUUAAUCCCAACUACUUUGGUGCCUUGGGCUCUCAGCAAGAUUUACCCUGUAAAGACAGAAGGCAAAAACUUGUAG